CUCAGAGAGGCGCAGAAGUGGACAGGAGUGGACAUCAUCAAUAGUAUGAAUGAACCGACAAUAAGUAUUGUUUGGAGAUCGCUGCGGACUAGUAUGACUAGUUUGAGCUCAGCGUCGUGAACAGUGAUGAACACCAUAGGAGGCGAGACCGUGUGAUACCGCGACCGAGGCUGUUGUCGAGAACAUACUAGAACAAGCAGUAGCCUAAGCAGUCUCACGGCGUAGUGCUCCAAGAACUUGUCAGUGACUCACCAUCAUCAUCUUCAGCUCUCGAAUUUCUACCGUCGUGUAUGUCCAACUUUAGCGGGCUCCCUCUACUCAGCGGUCCUCCACCAGCGCCUUCCACAGAUCGUGCGCAGAAUGCAUGCAGGAAAUGUAACAAGGAAUUCAUUAUCAUCUUUACACGCUCAACUCGUUGUAAUCAUUGUGGCUACUUGUAUUGUGCUAGCUGCGCAGACUACCCGGCGCUCAUGCCCCGCCAUGGUGCAGCAUCUGGCUAUGACCAAGUUCACGUUUGUGCAUUCUGUAUCGAGCUUCUUAACACUUCUAGUAGAACCCAGCUCAAGUCCCUGCCGCUCUCCACCCUUCGCCGCUAUGUCAACGCAUACGAUAUCUCCGUCAAAGGCCCUAUCGAUAAGAAUGACCUCGUGGAUGCCAUCAUCGUUGCAAAGACACCAACAGGAACCCUCCCGUCCUCAAACGAAUCCUUCUACCGUACCCAUCGUGUCCCAAAACACUGUUCAUCGCGCCCUCGUGGGCUCUUUAGCACCCGUCCUCCACCCCCAACUCACCAACAAACAUCCACAUCACUACCACCCGACUUCCCCCGCCCUGACCUUGACCCUGAGCCAGCACCAUACAGAACGUAUACCUCCAACUCCACAAGACAGCGCCAGACACCCCCUACGCCUCCCCCGCCUCAGCCCUCUCCACCUCAACCACAGCCACGAUUCAGGACAGCCUCGCAGCCACAAACGCCGCCUCGAUCAGCGCCCCACUCCAGUCGACGCCCGUCUCCAACAUCUACUGCCAGCACACCUACGCGUCCAUCAACCGCACCUCGCUCACCACCUCAGCCGUCCACGCCACAGCCCCCGCCUCCGCUUUCUGCUCUCCUUGCGAUGUCCACAUCGUCCCUCUCCCGAUUACCCAUCCACACGCUGAAGCAGAUAUUGUAUGAGGCACGUGUGCGUCUGCCUGCUGACCUCCUUGAGAAGGGGGAACUCGUGGCACGCGUUAGUACCUGGUUGGAGGAGGAGAGAACGGCGGCGGAGGAAAGAGAUAUCAUGGAAAGGGAGGAGAGGGAACAAGAAGAGAGGGAAAGGCGAGAGAGGGAAGAACAAGAAGAGAGAGAGAGGGUUGAGGCCGAAAGGUCAAUUAUGGAGACAGAGCUAGCCGAGCCAGAAGACGACCACAUGCAUGACUUUGCUGAGAAUGCCGAGACACAUGACGAGUCGCAGCAACAUCCUCCGCCGCCUUCCACUUCUCCACCACCGUCACCACCUAGGAUGACGCUUGCAGAACGUUCUGGUUUAUGUGUGAUAUGCCAGGACCAGGAAGCAAAUAUCGCAAUCGUGGACUGCGGACACCUAGCGAUGUGUCGUACCUGCUCUGAUCUAGUACUCGCAUCAUCUCGCGAGUGUCCACUCUGUCGCACCCGGAUCGUCACAGAAGCACGACUUUUACGGAUAUUCAAGACAUAGGCCUACUGUCAAAGUGGCAGAUCGAGAACUUUGACUUUUGCUAUCACCAUGUCCAACCAUGGUGUGCUAGAUAUGCGGAUGUCAUACUGUGUAUUUUUUGUGCGCGCGCAAGAUAUAGCAAUAGGUACCAAGUGAAACUUGGGAACUUGGGCUUGUCUUGGAUGU